CUUCUGUUGCAGAUGUUUAAGAAUUUUAAGGUUGUUGGAUCUGUUGCUGCGCCAUUUACUCCCUUUCACAGUAAUGGAGAAAUCAACUAUGACAAAUUUGGAGAGUAUGUGGAUUACUUAACAACUCAUCAUUUUCAAUACGCUUUUGUGAACGGAACGUUAGCGGAAGGAAUGUCUAUGACGUUAGAAGAAAGGAAAAAAGUAGCCGAGGCGUGGAUGAAAGCAUCAAAAGGAAAAGUGAAAAUUAUUCUGCAUGUUGGAACGAGCAAUAUCAAAGAUUCCCAAGAACUAGCUAGACAUGCCAGCUCUAUAGGAGUAGAAGCAAUAGCAUCCCUUUGUCCUUCAUUCUUCAAACCAGCCAAUGAAGAAAUAUUAGUGGACUGUAUGUGUGAGAUCGCUAGCGCUGCUCCAAAUGUACCGUUCUUCUAUUAUUGCAUCAACUUUGUUACGGGAAUCUACUUGAGUCCUUCAAAAUUUCUCUCGCUGGCUAAAGACAGAAUACCGAAUUUGGUAGGGCUGAAGCAUUCGUCAAGGGAACUACCAAACGCCUAUAACUGUACUCUGGUAGAUCCUAAAUGUUUCCAAGUCUUGAUGGGAACAGAUUCGCAAUUUUUGCCCUACUUCACGCUAGGCAUCGACGUUCCUGUGACAGCACCAUACAUGGGAACAUUAUUCUACAAAUUAAAAAAAGCAUAUGAUUCUGGAGACGUGAAAACAGCAGAAACUAUACAAGCUCGCAUAUUUGAACUGAAUAAUAUACGUGGAGAUUAUGGAGCUGGAGUAGAGAUAGCCAAGGCCAUGUUUGGUAUCAUUAGUGGGAUUGACAUAGGCCCAGUGAGACUGCCAAUCACACGACUUACAGAAGACAAAUUCAACAUGCUGAAGAAAGAUUUGGCAGCCUUUGGUCCUGUAGAAUGAAACAACCAUUAAGGAGCAUUAUAUUUCCCCUUUUAUUCAUUAUUAUUCAGUAACAUGCAUUUGAUUUAUAUUUACAUGUAUUUGAUUCUAUUGAUAAAUAUGCUGAUUAUAA